GGGGCCAGGGGCGGGCGCGGCGGCUGACUGACAGCUGGCGCGAGGAUCCGGCUCUCCGACCGGCGCCGCGGCUGCACCGCCGAGCCCACCAGCUCCGCUCGCUUCGUCCAUCCCUGACCCGCCGGCGCGCUGCGAUGCCUUAGGGCUACGUCAGCUGCCCCAAGAGGACUCAUUCCUGGCGGCCAGAAGUUACCAAGCAACUCACAUGUGUUUGGCAGGCUCCCUCGGAGUCUCCAGCUCCCAGUGACACUCCUGGAAAUCCAGUCCUCCGACCUACCCAGCUGGCAUCCUCCUAGGCAGCCCACCGAGCCAUGGAGGCCCCAGAGGUCCCCGUGGGCUCGCUGAUUGACUUCGAGACGGAGCCAUCUGCCUCCUCACCCAUGGAGGCACGGCCAGCAAAGCUGCAGGAUGGGGACAGCUCCCAGGGUGAUGGCGGGUCAGACAGUGAGACCACGGAGUCAGCAGACAGCGAGAACGACAUGGGCGAGUCGCCCUCUCACCCAUCCUGGGACCAGUACCGCCGCUCCUCCUCCAACGAGUCCUUCUCUUCCAACCAGAGCACGGAGUCGGCCAAGGACGAGGAGGCCCUGGAGCUCAGGGAGUUCAUGCGCAGCUACGUGGAGAAGAUCUUCUCCGGAGGGGAGGACUUGGACCAGGAGGAGAAAGCCAAGUUUGGGGAGUACUGCAGCAGUGAAAGUGGAAAAGGCCGGGAGUGGUUUGCUCGAUACGUGAGCGCCCAGCGCUGCAAUUCCAAGUGUGUCUCAGAGCCAACCUUCUACCGCCUCGUGCAGUCAUUUGCCGUGGUCCUGUUCGAAUGUCAUCAGAUGGAUGACUUCGGGCCUGCCAAGAACCUCAUGACCAUGUGCUUCACUUACUACCACAUCGGCAAACCACACCUGCUUCCCUCAGAAUCCAAGGAGAAGCCUGUAGGGAGCAUCGACUCCUACCUGAAGUCCGCCAACAGCUGGUUAGCGGAGAAGAAGGACAUCGCCGAGCGGCUGCUGAAGAACACGGCCAAGACGGAGAACGUCAAGGGCUUCUUCGGCGGGCUGGGGCCGCUGGUCAGGAAAAACGAGGAGGAAGAGAGCAAGCCCAAGGACAAGCCGCAGAAGACUGUGACCGUGUGCAGCCCGGAGGAGGAGAGGAAGGGGGAGAAGAUCUACCUGUACACGCACUUGAAGCAGCAGCCCAUCUGGCACACACUGAGGUUCUGGAAUGCCGCCUUUUUCGAUGCUGUCCACUGUGAGAGGAGAAAGCGGUCCCCCACGACCAGAGGGGAUGCUGGAGAGGAGGAGAAGAAGAGGGAGAAGUGGUGCCACAUGACACAGGAGGAGCGGGACGACAGCCUGAGGUUCAAUGAGAACAUCACCUUCGGGCAGCUGGGCACGUUCACUCACAACAUGCUGGCCUUCGGGCUGACCAAGAAGCUGUGCAAUGACUUCCUGAAGAAGCAGGCUGUGAUCGGCAACCUGGACGAAGAGCAAUACAAGCUGCUGAGCGACCACAUCGAGCAGAUGGCCGCCGAGUAGGCCACGGCGUCGCCCAGGGCACUCCUCAGGACCGACGGGCUCCGCUCUCCUGGGCCAGCGACUGGCUGUCACCCACCUGAUGACCCUGCAUGACACCGGCAGCACCCAGCGCCGCCCCACGCUGCCCCAGAACUAGCGGUUAGAAGACCCCGGCUGCCCGCCUCCCCUCCCCCUCGCCUGUGUCUACUCCCCCGCUCACGUGCCAAAGUGUCCCUGGACUGUGUGACUAAAACGAGGUGACGUCCACCCUCCCACGUGCCAGGCCUGUGGCAUGGAAUUGAAGGAAGAGGAAGGAGGCCAGGACCACGGUGGGCUCAGGGCGGUGUCUGCCCGCAGCCCCUGCAGGACAGGGGGGUGCGUGGGAAUGCACACAGGCAGCCCUGAGCCGGCCACGAUGGCACAGCAGCUGGAAGGCGGUCUGGGGCUCUGCUUCGGGCGUGGGCAGGGCAGGCUCCCAUCGGCUCCUGCUGCGCGGACGUGUGGCGGGUAGGGCCUCUCAGUGCUGGUCCAUGCCGGUGCCGGCUUCUUCCUGGCUCCCCCCCCCCCCGCCGCCGUGUCACAGGAACCAGAAUCACAGGAAUCUCCAGGAGGUUCUCAUUUAGGGCGGGAGAGAGCCUAGCGCAGAGGGCCUGGCCUCAGUCUGUGUGGAACACCCGAGAGGUCACCGCAGCGGUCAGCCCAGCGUGAGGAGUCUGUGUCGCCGUCGGAACUGUCCCCGGUCAGCUGGCAGCGCCCUCUCGCUCGCUGGGAGUAGCCUCAGCCGUCCGUCCCAGGAAACAGCACAGGAAAGAGAGUUUUUCAGUGGCUGCAAGACAACUGCCCUUUCUCACAGCAAACAGUGCUGCUCUUCAUUUCAGAGAAGGGACACAGCUGGGCGCAGGCGGCUCCUGGUGGCAGAGGUGUGAGGCCUGCUAGCAGAGGGCAACAGAGUGUUCCGCCCUCCACCCCUGGCAGCCGUGGGGAGGCGCCUUUUCCUGCUGCAGCCCAGGCCCCAUUGAGCUCUUUCCUGCAGGUAACCCCUCCCCCAUCCGGUGCCUGGGAAGCGGGACUCCUCCCUGAGUGUGUACCAGGCAUGGCUCACCAGCCAAGUACACUGAAGUCGGCCAGCAUGCGUCCGGCAUGCUGGCUCCUCCAGUGGGAGUUUCUCAGCCUCGUUCCUCCUGGGCACUGACCUUCAGAUGGGCUCCUGGGGCUGUCUGUCCUCCCUCCUGUUUUCCCUACUACCUCCUCCAGCUCGAAACCACAGCACAUGACUGUCUCCUCUCGAGCACAGCGGAUGCAUGCCCGGUGGUCACUCAUCCAGCCAGUGCUCGGACGGACGGGCACUGAUGGAAUGCCUCCCUGGAAGGUUCCAGAGAAGAGCAGGUGCUGGCAGAGCCAUUGAACGCACGUCUGGAUGAUCAUGAGAAAGUGUGGUCUGAGUGUGUGGCGUAAAUGUCGUCAGCUGAAAGCGUGUGUGUGUGUGUGUGUGUGUGUGUGUGUGUGUGUGUGUGUGACGUCAGCCUCCCUGGCGAUGUCACUAAGCGAGCACAGCUGUGCUGCUGGUGUGCCUGCCGCCGUGUGUCUGAAGGUUGCACAGGCAGGCGUGUCCUGCCCCCAGCCCCAUUUCCAGGCCCCAGUGAUGGCAGUGUCUCUAGGAAUACAUUUCGGAGAAAUAACAAAAUGGAAGGGUGUGUGGACCUCCCUCAUCCAGUGCCUCCUCUAGGUAACUCAUCCCCCUCAACCAUCCAGCCCUGAGCCCUGGAUGCGCUGCUGUGCCCCCUCCGCACCCCUCUAGGACCAGGGCCUCCCCGAGGUCUGUCCGAGCUUGCAGGGCUGCAGAGGCCCCUCAGCUUGCUCGUGUUGCUUUAGCAGUCAUUUCCGAGCAGCUGAGAUGAAUUAAGAUUUCAAGACGCCCCGAGUGCUUAGCCCUGUGCUCCAAGGAGUUGGUGGGAAGCUUUGGUUAGCGUGGUUUCUGGAGGAGGAAGGGUGUGUUCGGAGACUUUCCUGGGAGCUGCGGGGUGGGCCGGAGCGGCCUUCAGGAGGAAAUGCAGCUUUGGCCUCUACAGGCUUUUCCAAACACUUUAAUUCCCAGAAGAUCUGGAGACAUUUUUUAAUCAAUAGGCCCCUGGAGAUGGCAGUUGAAAGUGGAAGGAAGGGUUGCUUUGUUUUCCCCUAUGAGUCCUGUUCUCAUAGAUCCAGCUCCUCAAUGGGGGCCAGGAGGCUAAGUCUGGCCCUAGAGGUGCUGCCUGUCAUGCCCAGCCCCACAGGGAGCGCUGGCUGAGACCCUGGUGCGGCCCGGCCAGGGGGAUGGGGGCUGCUCUGUCUCCCUUGGCAACUGCCUUUGGCUGAGCAUUUCACCUCAGACUGCCUCCUGCAGGAGCGGCUCCUUAGAAGGCUGGCAGCUUGCCUCAGUGGUGUUUCCUCUCCUCUCUGUGACGUGGUCUCCUCCCUCCAGGGUCUGGCAGAGCAGAGGGGAAGGGUCUGGGGGGACGAGCAGACCCAGGACGCACUCUCAGAGGCCCUGGUGAGGAGCUGGCUCACCCUGUGCCCACACAGGACGCUUGGGUCAUCGAGCUCUGGGCCCUUCCCGUAAGCCCCUGAGCCCGAGCCGCGGAGCAGGAGGCUUCAGGUGGAGUCCAAGGGGAGCGGUCCCGGUCCCAGCAGGUGCAGUUUCCCAGGCCCAGCCAUUAGGCCUGCCAUUCGCAGUGCAGCCCAGCUUUCCUGCUGGCUGCCCCGGGCUGAGGCAUAGUGAGCCAGAGACAUGUGAUGCUCACAAGGGAGACGUUUCCUGCUUGGAAAACGGAGGUUGAAACGCAGCCUUGUAUGUUUUUAAGCUUUGUUAUAAUUUUCGCAAUGCUUGUGGGUGUUAAGUGGGGCCACGUUAGUAUUCGGAUUGCCUGUGUGUGUGUGUGUGUGUGUGUUUAACCAAAGGGAGGGAGAGCCAAAUUCUGAUAUUGUAAGUACUUUGUACAGUGAGAUGAAUAGUCUGAGCUUCCUAUUGCCAACGGAAAGAAAAGUGGGCCAAGAGGCUCUUACGUCACAAAAGGACUGGGAAAGGAGUCCACUUCCUAGUUCUGCUCCCAACGAAGGCCUGGGUGUUGGGGUUAACCCCGAGAGCCCCGGGGAUGCCGGGCAGCGGCCAGGGAGGGAGUCAGGCACCUCCCGUGGAUCCUGCUCUCACCUCUCCCUGCCCAGGGAGACCGCGGGAUUCAUGUGGCUACAGGGCAGCAGCUGGAGGUUCGCUCUUUCACGGACCAUUUUAUGUGGCUAAUUUACCACCCGGCCUCCUGAUGCGAGAAGCACAGCAUUCAUGUGCACAGGAGUUGGUCCUGGGCUCUGUCUGGCCUGGGUGUUCGUGACCGGAAGUUAGGGCCACAAACUGCAAGCCUGGCCCUCCUGGGCAUUCCUGUGCCCUAACCUUUGGCUUUUUAAUUAGGGAAUAGCCAGGUAGACCCAUGGUUAGGUCAGCUUGAUUGCCAAAUUACCCAAAACUUAAGACAGCUAUGCAGCAGGGGGCUGAGUCCUUAGCCCAGAACUGAGGGAGCUUGGGAAUCAGGGAAAGGGCAGGAGGGCUUGAGGCCCAGCCCCAACCUCAGGAGACGGGUGCAGCACGUCCCGCCCACCACACCCAGCAGGUCCAAAGGUUUCAUUAAACCAGCAGCUGCCAACCUUUCGGACCUCAAGGACCACCAGUGGUUCUCGGACCACUGGUUGGCGACCACUGGUCUAGAGCUAAUUUCCUCUUACCUUCCUCAACCUUAGAUGAAACUGCUCCAAGGUUAUUCUUCUCGCCCCUCCCACACCUUCCCAGCCUUUGGUUCUCCUGUACCAUUGCUCUGACGACUCAGCCGGCUCACCCAGCUUUUCUGUAAACCAUUUGUUCCUUCUCGUGUUUCUCUGGGAUGUUUUAUUUGAAUGGCUUUCCGCCCAGCUUCCCCUUGAAGGGAAGUUGUGUGACCAGAAGUACCUCUAAUGGACUGGUGUGCGGUGUUCAGGCCCCAGGCAGGGCAGGACUUACUUAGCCACACGGGCCAUGUGUCCGGCAUGUCCUUACCCCCGUGUGGCCGGGAAUAGGAGUGUGUUGGUUCUCCGGAGAACAGAUGGAGGAAUCAUUUCCAGGCUGUUCACAGCCAGCGAAUACAGCCAUGCUGAGGCCAAGGCAGGCUCUCAGGGGUGUCCCCUACCCUUUCUGGGCCUGUCCAUCAUACUCCUCAGGAGGGAUGGUUCCCUGGGUAACCAAGCUGGUGUCAGCCUGUGUCCCCGUCAGCAGCUGGUGAGUGGAAACCAGGGUUGAAGUGGGGCAGAGCUCCCAGGGGCGGUUCUUGGUUGCUGUGGGAAACGCAUCGUUUUCAGGACCGAGCCAGGAUGGUCUGGGCCCGCCCUCCCUGUCACACACACAGCUCUCUCGGGGCAUCUGCCCCAGGGGGAGCCAGACCCUGGCUUGACCUGCAGACUCCAGGCGUUGACAAGGCCAGUCAGACCUGAGCCCUGUAGCCUGGAGCUCCUCUGCGCUACCCCUGACUGGGAUUUGCACUUUAACCAUAAAGAGGACUCCUGCUAGCAAAUCCCCAUGGCCCUGAAGGUCAGUCCUAGGAUGGGGGGCUGUGCCAGUCUCCCCUACGCCCAGGGCCAUGUGCUCGUGAAAGGAGAACGGGAUGUGGGGUGUGCACGGUGGUUCCACACGGGGCCUGAUGGGUGGGAUCCUGACCUGGAGACAGUAAGGCUUACGUCCCCCUGCCUGUGAGGUCAUGAGCAAGCCCGGCUGUCACUUCCCAGGGACCCCUUAAGACAAGCCAACAUUUGAACAUUAGAAAAUGCCAGAAUUUCAACAACAGCACGAUCCCCUGAGAACCCGUGAGUGGGUUGGGACAUCGGUCGCCUUGGUGACACGGUUGGCUCCCACUGGGGCUUCCGGUGGGGUUUACACACGCACAUCCCCCGUUUUCUCUCUCACCCAGUUUGUCUCACGCCUAAGCCUGCCUCUGGACAUCACCUUUCGGAGCCAAGGCGGCGUUCGGGCCUUUUAUGUGUUGCGGUUGUACAAUGUGUCCCACUGGGUGAUGCUCUGCAAACUGUACUUUUGGUCAACAGAGUUUCACGGUUGAGGAUCUCAGAACGGUGCCGAAAUGAAGCACUGCUGUUGCUGGGAGGAAAAAGAAUGUCCGUAUAUUGCACCUUGGACUGUCAGAAGGUGGAGACUGAAAUAAAUUAUCAUUGAAGAAAAA